AUGUUGUACAUAACGUGCCACCACCGCCCGUCAAUUUUCCAGUCCGAACGGAUAAAUAGAUUAUUAGUCGCGGGAAUAAAAGUAUUCUUAAUCUUGCCCCCAAAAGUGAAGGACCUCGCACUUGGCAGCAUUCGCGGCCAUACUCGCCGAUUUCAACUACCAACGGGCAAGGCGGCCGCCGGAGAGCCGGAAGUAAAACUGUCGGCGGCGGAGGCGGCACCAAGGUCGCCAUUGCUGGAUGGCUUUGUACGAGUAGAGCUGGACGAGCAACUGGCUGCUGCCGCCGCCGCCGCCACUUACUCUCUGAUGUCGGGUGGCAAGGCGGCGGGCAGGAGGGGGGGUGCCGGAUCGCCGGCGGCGGCGGUGGUGGUGCUGGUGCCGGCAGUGGGGUUGAGCUUUACGGGCGGGGCGGCCAUAAUCCCCGAACCGCUCCCUCCAGCCCCGGGGCGCCCUUGGUUCGGGCACGCGGGCAGCAAGCUCAUCACCGAGGCAUGGCUGCGGUAUGGAGUGGAUAUGCCAGCAUCCCGCAACACGGCCGUCUGGGCAUUCCAUGCGGAGCCUAACCCGUCCCACCACCUCCACAACUAUCCCUCUAUCCUCCCACACCUCGCCGACAUGAGCCAGCACUUCGAUGACCUCCUGGCUUCCGGCGUCACCGAGCAAUAUGACCCCAGCUGGCCCAUGGGAGUGUUCGGAGGAACUGGCACAGCUGACUGUGGCAUUACACGGCAGCGCGGUACAGACAGCUCAUCCGUCACCUACGAGUCGGGGUGGCGACACUUUGUACACUUCUGCACAGAGGUCGCAGGGGUGCCGGAGGCGGGCGCCCUGCCCCGCCAGCGUGGGUCUGACCUCAAUCGGGACCUGGUCUGUCUGUUCAUAGCGCAUGCAGUUGGCCGGUACAUGGCCUCCACCGUCAUCGGCACGCUGAGCACCCUGGCGGACUGGCAGUGGUUCAUGGGAGUCUCGCCAGAGGCAUAUAUCAGCCGCGACCCGCUGGUCAAGCGAACCCUGGGCCAAGCGUUGCUGCGAGGCUGGAGUCGGCAUCGACCAAGACGAAGGCACCCCUGCCCCUGGGGGGUUCCCACUGAAGCUUACGGGGAUCAGAAAAAUGUUGCCUCCGCUGUUGUGGCCGGUGUCGCAGCUGAGGCGAGGUCAUUGCUCGGCAUAUUCUCUCACCCUCAUACUACGUCUGUCAAGGCCUGGCCUGCUCGCCUGGAUGGCACCAUCUGCUUUCCAGAGCUUGACGACCCGGACUUCACCUUGCCGGGGCUGGGUGAUAAGGCUCCGAUAGCCACUACCCUGGGCCUAGGCUGUCUGCACGGCUUGCAGCACCAGGGCUUGCUGAACAGGGUCCGCUACCUCAGCAUGAUCUCCGUGUGCGUGUUGAAUGCAGUCGGCCAAGUGGCUGGUUUGACUAGCUAG